AUGCUCGUCCAACCUUUCAUCUCAAUGGCAGUGCUUGUGGCCGGUCUGCUGGUUGACAGCACCUGGGCCAAGGGGACGCGGGUCCCAUUGCCUCCGAGCGUGCAGCGUCGAUAUGAGGCCCAUUACGAAGCAAUGGCUGCAAAGCGUGCAACUCCUCAGGUGUUUGACACCAAAGACUUCCGAUUUCUCAGCAAUAAGACUUCUCCUUACCGUGUUGAGAGCUUGCCUGAUGUCGACUUUGACAUUGGUGAGAUGUAUUCCGGCUUAGUCCCCAUUGAGAGCAAAAACAAGUCACGCGAGCUGUUCUUCGUCUUCCAGCCCACCAUUGGCGCUCCAGUUGACGAGAUUACUAUCUGGCUGAACGGUGGUCCAGGUUGCAGUUCUCUCGAGGGUUUUCUGCAGGAAAAUGGCCGCUUUGUUUGGCAGUCAGGUACAUUCGCGCCAGUUGAAAACCCCUACUCCUGGGUAAACCUGACCAACAUGCUGUGGGUUGACCAGCCAGUUGGUACCGGUUUCUCCACUGGCACUCCCACUGCUAUCAGUGAGGAAGACAUUGCGCAAGACUUUGUAGGGUUCUUCAAGAAUUUUGAGAUUCUCUUUGGGAUCAAGAAAUUCAAAAUCUAUGUCACUGGUGAGAGCUACGCAGGCCGCUAUGUGCCAUAUAUCUCAGCUGCUUUCAUCGACCAAAACGACACCGAGUAUUUUGACCUGAAAGGUGCCAUGGUCUAUGACCCGGUUAUUGGCGCUUACACCACAGCACAGGAAGAGGUCCCUACCUAUCCUCUGGUUGAAGCGAACAACAACCUUUUCAAUUUCAACGAAACCCAGCUUGCCACAUUGAAAGAACUCCACCAGUCCUGCGGAUACGAAGCAUAUCUCGAGAAAUAUUUGACUUUCCCCGCAUCAGGUGUCCAACCUGUUCUGGAAGAGGCCAACUCGACCUGCGAUAUUCUCGACCUUGCACUCGAGUAUGCUCUCGGUAUCAACCCAUGCUUCAGCAUCUACGAGAUCAGUACCUCCUGCCCCCUUCAAUGGGAUGUGCUUGGCUUUCCUGGCUCACUGUCCUAUCUUCCAGCCGGCGCGACCAUCUACUUCGACCGCGCAGAUGUCAAAAAAGCCCUGCAUGCGCCGCCAAACACUACCUGGACUGAAUGCGCCGGCAAUGUUUUCGUGGGCGGCAAUAGCGGACCCGAAGGAUUAGGGGAUCUUUCGCUCGACCCUAUCCAACACGCCCUGCCCAAAGUCAUUGAACAUACCAACCGCGUGUUGGUAAGUAACGGUGACUAUGAUAUGAUCAUCCAAACCAACGGUACUCUUCUCGCCAUCCAGAACAUGACGUGGCAUGGCACGCUCGGCUUCAACGAGCGCCCCAGCAAAGAAAUCUACAUCCAUACUCCGGACUUGGUCUAUCCAGCGCAGUUCAAUGAAAGUGGGUAUACUGGCUCUGACGGUCCCCAGGGAACCAUGGGCAUUCAACAUUUUGAGCGCGGCUUGAUGUGGGCUCAGACAUACCAGUCAGGGCAUAUGCAGCCCGAGUACCAGCCUCGUGUUUCUUUGAGACACUUGGAGUGGCUUCUUGGGCGGGUUGAUGAGCUGUAA